AAACGUACGUUGAAAAUGAAGUUAACAAUGAGGGGCGUUUAUUUAUCUUUAAUAUCAGUCUAUUCAUUCGUUACAUACUGCUUGUAUAUCCUCGUCGUUCCUUAAAAAUCAUGCGUUCACUUGAGUUUUUCUGCAUCUUAUUCUGCAUUUCCUUAAUUUAUAUCACCUACACUCCUUCAGCAGCUCAACAACAGAAAAUUGGACAACCUCUGUUUUGCCAUGGAUGUGUUGCAACUCUCAAAGAGUUACAUAAGGUUCUCAGAGACUCUUCUGGUCGGAAAAAAGCUGUAGCUCAAAGCCUUGAUCGCCUGUGCCAGAUCAACAAUUUUGUUUCGUAUACAUUUAGCCCCCCAAAGAUGAUAAAAGCAUGCAAUUAUAUAGUUGGUAAGUCAUGCCCCUAUUUCAAUCGUUUUUACGUUAAAUGUGCA